UCCGACAUGGCCCAGCCAGUCCACUGCAUCCGCUCCACCUUUGGCCUCCAGUGCUGCCUCCUCAUCCUUCUAGCUUCUUGGGAGGCAGGUGCUAUUCAAAUAUUUCAGAAAACUGAUGAAUCCCCAUCACCUGAUCAUUUGAUCCCUUCUACUUCAGGCCCUGUUUAUAGUACACCCUCUGAUCAUACUUCCCUUCAUUCAGGCCACAGCCUUCUAGACAUCAGUAAAUCUACAGAAACCCAUAAGCUAAAACGUCAUUGCAAUACUACACACAAUUUCAAACCAAUUUAUAAACCUACAGGUAACUCCCAAAACUCUACAAAUGAUCAUAUAGUUCAUCCUACUUCUGGGAAAAACCCCAGAAAUCAAGGAAAAGACCCAAAUGUCCAGAAUGUACACUCUCUUAAUACUACUGACUCUACUAACACACAUAAAGGACUUUCUGGUACAAAAGAUCCAGUCCCAGCACCCAGGAACAAAACAGCUUGCCAUAAGCCCAACAUACAGAAAAUGGGUACAGGAAACCAACAUAAAACUGUAACACCUUCAAGAAACAUCAUCAUUACUUUAAACAGUAAAAGCACUGCUUCACACAAGAUCAUAAGUCCUGUCCACAACUUGGUCAGUCCAGAGAGCAAUGAAAUACCUAAUUCCUUCUCAGGCCAAAGCAAAACAACCACAAAGGUAUCACCUGAGAGUAAAAAAAUCCCAGAAAGAUCAAAAAGAGCUGAGGAUCACAAAACAUCUCCUAGUUCCAGAACUACAGUUCCCGCAGGCAAGACUGAGAUGAAGACUACAGAACCCAUAAACAGGAGUACAUCAGCCACUGAGAAUAACACACCAGUGCUAGCAACACUUAGAGAAGGGGGACAUAGGACCACAUCAGCUCAUAUACAUAUCACAAGAUCACUAGAAAACUCACUGGAACAUGGAAGAGGGGCCACAUUGCUUUAUAGGAAGAAUACAGGAGUUCCAGUAGAGUCUACAAAACAUGGAGAAGGGACUAAAUCAACUGAUAAGACCAUCACAACAACCCAAGAAAACACCAAGAAACAUGGACAGAGCAGCACUCCGUUGAGCAGGAAGAGCACGAAAUCCCCAGCAGGGUCCACAGCUGAUGUGGGGAAGACCACAGGAGCCCUGGAAGGGUCCAAGACCAAUGUGGAGAAGACCACCCUAGCCAAGAGAAAGACCACAAGAGCCCCAGAAAGGUCCACAGAAGAUGCGUGGAAGACCACAGGAGCCCUAGAAGGGUCCGACAACCAUGGACAGGAGACCACACUAGCCAAUGGAAAGAUAACAAGAUCCCCAGAAGGGUCCAUGGGAGAUGCAGGGAAGACCACAAGAGCCCUAGAAGGGUCUAAAGACCAUGCCGAGACCACCCUACCCAAUGGGAAGACCACAAGAGCCCCAGAAGGGUCCACGAAAAAUGUGGGGAAGACCAAAGGAGCCCUGGAAGGGUCCAAGGACCAUGGGGAGAAGACCACGCUAUCCAAUGAGAUGACCACAAGAUCCCCAGUGGGGUCCACGGAAGACACGGGGAAGACCAUAGGAGCACUAGAAGGGUCUAAGGACCGUGGAGAAAAGCCCACCCUAGCCAACGGGAUGACCACAAGAGCCCCAGAAAGGUCCACGGAAAAUGUGGGGAAGACCACAGGAGUUCUAGAAGGGUACAAGGACCGUGGGGAGAAGACCACCUCAGCCAACCAAAAGACCACAAGAAGCCCAAAGGGGUCCAUGGAAGAUGGGGGGAAGACCACAGGAGUCCUCGAAAGGUCCAACAACCAUGGACAGGAGACCACACUAGUCAAUGGGAAGAUCACAAGGGCCCCAGAAGGGUCCACGGAAGAUGUGGGGAAGACCACAGGAGCCCUAGAAGAAUCCAAAGACCAUGUGGAGACCGCCCCAGAAGCAUCCACGGAAGAGGCAGGGAAAACCACAGGAGGCCCAGAAAGGUCCACGAAAGAUGCGGGGAAGACCACAGGAGCCCUAGAAGGGUCCAAAGACCAUGCGGAGACCACCCUAGCCAAUGGGAAGACCAGAAGAGCCCCAGAAGAGUCCACGGAAGAUGUGGGGAAGACCACAGGAGCACUAGAAGGGUCCAAAGACCAUGUGGAGACCACCCUAGCCCGGGGGAAGACCACAAGAGCCCCAGAAGGGUCCAUGAAAGAUGCAGGGAAAACCACAGGAGCCCCAGAAAGGUCCACGGAAGAUGGGGGGAGGACCACAGGAGCCCUAGAAGGGUCCAAAGACCAUGCAGAGACUACCCUAGCCAGUGGGAAGACCACAAGAGCCCCAGAAAAGUCCACGGAAGAUGUGGGGAAGACCACAGGAGCCAUAGAAGUGUCCAAAGACCAUGUGGAGACCACCCUAGCCAGUGGGAAAACCACAAGAGCCCCACAAGGGUCCACAGAAGAUGCGGGGAAGACCACAGGAGCCAUAGAAGGAUCCAAAGACCAUGUGGGGACUACCCUAGCCAGUGGGAAGACCACAAGAGCCCCAGAAGGGUCCACGGAAGAUGCGGGGAAGACCAUAGGAGCCACAGAAGGUUCCAAGGACCAUGCAGAGACCACCCUAGUCAAUAGGAAGACCACAAGAGCCCCAGACGGGUCCACGGAAAAUGUGGGGAAGACUACAAGAGCCCUGGAAGGGUCCAAGGACCGUGGGGAGAGGAGCACCCUAGCCAACGGGAAGACCACAAGAGCCCCAGAGCAGUCCACGGAAGAUGCGGGGAGGACCACAGGAGCCCUAGAAGGGUCAAAAGACCAUGCGGAGACCACCCUAGCCAGUGGGAAGACCACAAGAGCCCCAGAAGUGUCCACAGAAGAUGCGGGGAAGACCACAGGAGCCAUAGAAGGUUCCAAGGACCAUGCAGAGACCACCCUAGCCAGUGGGAAGACCACAAGAGCCCCAGAAGGGUCCACGGAAAUUGUGGGGAAGACCACAGGAGUCCUAGAAGGGUCCAAGGACCGUGGUAAGAAGACCACCUUAGCCAACCAAAAGACCACAAGAACCUCAGAGGCGUCCACGGAAAAUCAGGGGAAGACCACAGGAGCCCUAGAAGGGUCCAACAAUCGUGGACAGGAGACCACACUAGCCAAUGGGAAGAUCACAAGAGCCCCAGAAUGGUCCACCGAAGAUGAGGGGAAGACCACAGGAGCCCUAGAAGGGUCCAAAGACCAUGUGGAGACCACCCUAGCCAGUGGGAAGACCACAAGAGCCCCAGAAGGGUCCACGGAAGAUGCGGGGAAGACCACAGGAGCCCCAGAAGGGUCCACGGAAGAUGCGGGAAAGACCACAGGAGACCUAGAAGGGUCCAAAGACCAUGCGGAGACCACCCUAGCCAGUGGGAAGACCACAAGAGCCCCAGAAGGGUCCACUGAAAAUGUGGGGAAGACCACAGGAGUCCUAGAAGGGUCCAAGGACCGUGGUAAGAAGACCACCUUAGCCAACCAAAAGACCACAGGAACCUCAGAGGCGUCCACGGAAAAUCAGGGGAAGACCACAGGAGCCCUAGAAGGGUCCAACAAUCGUGGACAGGAGACCACACUAGCCAAUGGGAAGAUCACAAGAGCCCCAGAAUGGUCCACAGAAGAUGUGGGGAAGACCACAGGAGCCCUAGAAGGGUCCAAAGACCAUGUGGAGACCACCCUAGCCAGUGGGAAGACCACAAGAGCCCCAGAAGGGUCCACGGAAAUUGUGGGGAAGACCACAGGAGUCCUAGAAGGGUCCAAGGACCGUGGUAAGAAGACCACCUUAGCCAACCAAAAGACCACAAGAACCUCAGAGGCGUCCACGGAAAAUCAGGGGAAGACCACAGGAGCCCUAGAAGGGUCCAACAAUCGUGGACAGGAGACCACACUAGCCAAUGGGAAGAUCACAAGAGCCCCAGAAUGGUCCACAGAAGAUGUGGGGAAGACCACAGGAGCCCUAGAAGGGUCCAAAGACCAUGUGGAGACCACCCUAGCCAGUGGGAAGACCACAAGAGCCCCAGAAGGGUCCACGGAAGAUGCAGGGGAAACCACAGGAGCCCCAGAAAGGUCCACGGAAGAUGCAGGGAAGACCACGGAAGCCCUAGAAGGGUCCAAAGACCAUGCGGAGACCACUCUAGCCAGUGGGAAGACCACAAGAGCACCAGAAUGGUCCACGGAAAAUGUGGGAAAGACCACAGGAGCCCUGGAAGGGUCCAACAACCGUGGACAGGAGACCACCCUAGCCAAUGGGAAGACCACGAGAGCCCCAGAAGGCUCCACAAAAGAUGCAGGGAAGACCACAGGAGCCCUAGAACGGUCCAAUGACCAGGGAGAGAAGACCACCCUAGCCAAUGGGAAGACCACCAGAGGCCCAGAGGGGUCCACAGAAGAUGGGGGGAAGACCACAGGAGCCCUGGAAUGGUCCAAGGACCGUGGACAGACGACCACGCUAGCCAAUGGGAAGAUCACAAGAACCCCAGAAGGGUCCACGGAAGACGUGGGGAAGACCACAGGAGCCAUGGAAGGCUCCAAGGACCAUGCGGAGAAGACUACCUUAGCCAACUGGAAGACCACAAUAGCCCCGGAAGGGCUCACAGAUGUGGGGAAGACCACAAGAGCCCUAGAAGGGUCCAAGGACCGUGGGGAGAAGACCACCUUAGCCAAUUGGAAGACCACAAGAACCCCAGAAGGGUCCACGGAAGAUGCGGGGAAGACCAUAGGAGCCCCAGAAAAGUCUAAGGACCAUGGGCCGAAGACCACCGUAGCAAACAGGAAGACCAUAAGAGCCCCAGAAGGGUCCACAGAAGAUGUGGGGAAGACCACAGGAGCCCUGGAAGGGUCCAAGGACCAUGGACAAAAGACCACCCUAGCCAACAGGAAGACCACAGGAGCCCUGGAAGGGUCCAAGGACCGUGCAGAGAAAAAAACCCUAGCCAAUGGGAAGACCACAAGAGCACCAGAAACUUCCAUGGAAGAUGCGGGGAAGACCAUAGGAGCCCUAGAAGGGACCAAGGACCAUGCAGAGAAGAUCACCCAAGCCAAUGAGAGGAUUACAAGAACUCCAGCCAAAUCUACAAAACGUGACCAAACUGUCAAUAAUACUUCUUCUGGUUCAAAUAAAAAGGAUAUUACACAUGAGGUGCCCAUCGGUUCUUUUACACUCACCACAUCUCACAUGGAGCUUAGUUUCACCAUAUCAGAAACCCCGGACAACAAAAGCCAUCCAUAUCAAAACAAAGAUGGCUCACACAGAGGUCUUCAUACUGGCGGAAUGAGCAAGAAUGAUUCAUUCCCUGCAUGGGCCAUAGUUAUUGUGGCCCUGGUGGCUGUAAUUCUCUUCCUCAUGUUCCUUGGCCUUAUCUUUUUGGUCUCCUAUAUGACAAAAACACGGCGUGCACUGAUACAGAACAAGGAGGACGGUGACCCAGAGAAUGAUGGGGGCCCUAAUUCCUAUCCAGUCUACCUGGUGGAGCAGCAGACUCUUGGCACAGGCCAGAUCGCUUCCCCACGGUGAUUGUUUAGAAAGUGCCCAGCUCUUCCAUGCCCUUCCUAAGAUGAGGAAUUAGACUCACAAUUCGUAUUUCCUGGACUCCAGGAAGGGCAAAGUACUGGCAGUUAACAGCAUUAACCCUUCAUCUGCAGUGUUCUUAUUGAAACUGGUCUAAAGAUGCGAUAAGCAAGAAGGAUGUGAGUCUGGCGGGUAUAAAAGAAAGAAUGAAUAAUAUGAGCAUGUGUUCUUUUUCGAAGAUGAUGGUUUCAAAAUGAAAGGAUGUUUGAUGGACAUAUGGGGUGGGCACAAAUCCUGGACACAUACUGAGUCUUGGGAGGAGCAGCCUGGCUAAGGGAAGUUUGGGGGUCUUAGAAGGCAAUGUCCCAACUGUAAGUUGGGUUUCAGGACCAAUCUAUAAUACUUCUAUCUAUUACUUAGACUUUUUAUGUAAGCAGGCUUGUCUUUGAGUUCUGAGGACACUUGACUCCCUGAAAAAGUAGGAUCUGAGAAGAAAAGAGGACAUAUUUCCUUCACUAUCUCUACACCUGGGAAAAAGGAAAAUUUGAGAAAAGAUAAUAAAUAUCUCUCAUUCAUAUGGUUCUUACCUCAUCCUCCUGAAUCCUUUCAUUUUUCUAAAUGUCUAUAGUAGGCAUCCUGCUGAUUUGGCUUGCUGGGUUGUAGGUGGCAUGCAGGGAGGGAUUUUUGUCUGGCCUACGGUGUUACCUAUUCAUCCCCAUCAGGCCUUCCCUGAUGGUGUUUCCCACUCAUCAUUUACUUUCCUAUUUGUUCUACCAAAAGCCAGUCCAGGCUUUUUACUGGAGGAGUCACUCACCUUCUCUGUUGCCCCCAUUCUGUCUCUCCUCAUGCUUUGACCCCAGAUUCUGAUUUUCCUCCAUGUAGACAUCUCAUCUGGAUUUUCUCUCCAACUUAUUAAAACCCUUUGGCCUAUUACCGAUUUGGUAGAGGGGGAAAGACAGAUAAUGGAUAGCUUCUUAUCUAUUGGUCUUUUUAUAAUAAAGUAUAAAAUAUUUGUAAAAUAAGGACAUCAUAAUUACUGGUAGUUGGGAGAAGUUGGGAGAAGUCCUGGCUGGUGUUUCUGACUUUGGCUGUGACCUUACAGAUGACCUUAAUCAGGAGUGGGUAGAGAACAGGAAUUCUUUGGAGGAUCAUGGAAGAGGAGGUUGAAUUUCUAUUGCUCCUAAGAUGAGUCAUUCCUGAGUUCCUGCUGGGCUCAUUUGCAUGUUGACAAAACAAGAGAGAAUGUGUUAGUUAAUAAGCAAGUAUUUCUAAGCACAUUUUAUAAAUUCUGUUGAGGAUUAUAAAGAAGUAUAAGGCAUAGUUGUCACCUGAGACAUCAAUAUAGGAAAAUUAAAAUUAAAUACAUAAUUCACUAAGGGUUAUCACAAGUCAAUAUUACACAGAAUUAAACAGGAUUCUAAUGAAUUAAACCCAGUAUUUAUGGGCAACUACUACAUCCCAAAUUUAUGUUAGGACAUUAGCCCUGCUCUAAAACCAUUCUACACCCAACCAACAAACAGAGCCUUGGCUCUCUUACCAGAGGAGGAUCAGAAACUUUCCUGAGUAGAAAUAUGAUUUAGUUUAUCAUAGGCCUUCCAACUUGAACUUCAUUUGGAAUCAAAAGGCAGUCAAUAUCUGCUACUUUUGGUAUUCCCAUUUGAAGGAAGCUGGACAUCUACCAUGGACAGUAGUCCUAAUGUAGACACUUUUGAGUUAUCUGCCACAGUCCACUACAGACUGGGGGAGGUGGUGGUCCUCAGGUCUCAGGAUCUCUCUGAAUCUCCCACCAGAGUUCUGCUCUGCUAAAGGCAGAAUUGUAGCUUGGAUCCCAGAUUGUUGGCAUGCCAGAUGUAAGAGGGACCCUAGAGCUAGGUCCCGGGAAAGAGUCUUGAGGCAGAGAGGGACACCUGGGUUCUGGAAGAGAGUGGGGUGCCUGAGGAAAAAAAGGACAAGAAUGCCAGGUUUUUAACCACCUGGGCAGAUGGCAACUCAGAAUGUGGCAAUUGUCGGGACAGGAGUGUCAUUCUUUCUCAGAAGAAAAGAAGAUACCGCCUAUCCCUAGCCUCUAACCAUUGAAUUUCUCUAGCUUGGACCCUAAUUUAAAAAACAAAACAAAACCAAGCAAGAACACAGCUGCCCACCCCCACCCCCAUGCCUGAGAGGGCCAAA